AUGACGCGAGGGCCAGCCAACGAGAGCAUACAAGUCGCUGGGGAAGAGUCCCAGCAGAUCCUGGCCCGCCAGAAGUCCAACUCUCAGUCGGACAGCCAUGAUGACGAGGUGUCCCCCCCACUGCCCAACCCAGUGGUCAAGGCCCGCCGCCGCAGGGGAGGGGUCAGUGCUGAAGUCUACACUGAAGAGGACGCCGUCAGCUACGUCCGCAAGGUGAUUCCUAAAGACUACAAGACCAUGACUGCUCUGGCCAAGGCCAUCUCCAAGAACGUGCUGUUUGCUCACCUCGACGACAACGAAAGGAGUGACAUAUUUGAUGCCAUGUUCCCUGUCAUGCACAUUGCGGGAGAGACAGUUAUUCAGCAAGGUGAUGAAGGAGACAACUUCUACGUGAUUGACCAAGGAGAAGUGGAUGUAUAUGUGAACGGAGAGUGGGUGACCAGUAUCGGGGAGGGGGGCAGCUUUGGGGAGCUGGCCCUGAUCUACGGGACCCCCCGAGCCGCCACCGUCAAGGCCAAGACUGACAUGAAGCUGUGGGGCAUCGACCGGGACAGCUACCGACGCAUCCUCAUGGGUAGCACACUGAGGAAGAGGAAGAUGUACGAAGAGUUCCUGAGCAAGGUCUCCAUCCUCG